AUGCACAAGCCCAACUUGCUCCUGCUACUGGGAUUCGGCGCCACAGGCCUCUCACAGCAUGGUAUUCAAGUUCCACCCCAGGCUCAAGUGAUCGACCAGCGGAGCUUCAAUUCUCUCCAGAUUGUCGCUGCGCCAUCCGUGGCCGAUGGCUUCGCACAAUUCGUUCCUCCAGGUACAACACUGAAAAGGCUUCUCGCCCGCCCCUUUCAUGUCUACGACGAGGAUUUUCUGGAAAUUAUCGGUCCAAACCCGACUUUGACCCUGCUCAACCACACAGCAUCAGACCCGAUAUUCCAUGAAGCGCCCGUCUGGUAUCCCGCCAAGGACGAGAUGUUCUUCGUCCAGAAUGCCGGUGCGAGAGCAGCUGGGACUGGCCUUGCCAAGUCGGCAACCAUUCAGAAGAUUUCGCUGUCUGCUAUUACUCCCGCCAUUGCGAGCCAGAGAAAUGCUAGUGGUUCGGUAAAGGUGGAAGUUUUAGACUCAUAUCCCACUGUUAUGAACCCAAAUGGUGGAACCAACUUCAGGGGCCAGCUGCUAUUUCUCGGAGAAGGACAAGGAGAAAGCAUAGCGCCGGCCAUGUAUCUUAUGGAUCCACAGCCUCCAUACAACACCACGGUACUCCUAGACAAUUUCUUCGGCCGCCAGUUCAACUCGCUGAGCGAUGUCUCCAUCAACCCUCGGAAUGGAGAGCUCUACUUCACAGACCCGACAUACGGAUACUUGCAGGACUUCCGGCCAACGCCGGGAAUGCCACGGCAGGUAUGGCGCUUCAACGAAGCCACCGGAGUAGUGAGAGUGGCAGCAGAUGGAUUCAACAUGCCCAACGGCAUCACUUUCUCCCCUACCGGCUCUCACGUGUACAUCACCGACACCGGAAUGACCCAAGCAUUUUAUGGCACUAACUUCACCUCUCCCUCAACCAUCUACCAGUACGACGUCAACGAGGACGGCACCCUGGUGAACCGAAAGCCGUUUGCAUUCGUGACGCCAGGCGUGCCCGACGGGAUCCACGUCGACACAAAGGGUAACGUGUACGUCGGCUGCGGCGAUGGCGUGCAAGUGUACAGCCCGUCUGGGAAACUGCUCGGCAAGAUCUACGUUGGGAAUGCGGUGCCCAAUUUCCAAUUCGCUGGGCUGGGGCGGAUGGUCAUCUUGGCUGAGACAGAGCUGUACUAUGCCACGUUGGCCGCGGAGGGGGCCUUUCCUGGUGCACUGUAUUAUCCACCAGAUGCUGAGGGUUGA